AUAUUUCUACUAAUCGAAUACAAUUGUAUUCUUUGGGCGAAAAGAAGAUUCUCAAAUCAAAAACAUUUGCUGUCAGAAAAGUUCAGGAUAAUCAGAAUGUCAGGAUAUUUGACAGCAGGUGUUAGAACUACAGUUUUGCGGCCUCCGUAUGGAAUUUGUCGUUGUUACUGCCAUCGCCUGUAUCAUGCAGAUCAGUAUAGAGGUUACACCAGAAAGUCGGAGACCGAUGCCAGUCGGGAAGCAGUUUUUGUGAAUUCACUCUACCUCAAGCCUUUUACAUAUACGCAGACAAGCAAUAGAACAAACAAUCAUAUAUCUAAAUUCUCUUCUACCAUAUUUGGACCACUCACUUCUCCAGUUAUAACUGAAUAUCUUUCAACACGAUCUCUGCAUUCCUCUGUUUUCCUGUUAAAAGAAGAUACCCGAGUGGAAAAGUCGGUGAAAAUUAUAAAGGAAAAAGUAGAGGAGGACAAAAAUGUUUCGUCUAACAAAACAUUGACUCAAGGAACGAAAAGUGUCCAGAAAUCAAAUGAAACUACUCAAAAGAAAGGCUUUUUAGCAGUGAAACUUGAAAAAUGGAAGGCUUUGUUAGCAGAAAUGAAGAAAGUUGGUUACUUUCAUUACAUGUGGACUGGUUUAAAACAUUUUGUUCGACACUACUGGGAUGGUUUUCGGUUGAUCUGGAAAAAUUCGAAAUACUGCAUGCCCUUGUUGUUCAGGUAUUUGAGGGAAGGUCGAUCCUCGUUAAAGAGAAGAGAAUACAAAAUGUUGACGCGGACGCUAGCAGACCUGAUCCGGAUGGUUCCCCUUAUACCCAUGAUUCUGAUUCCCCUCGGAGAAAUCUUCAUCCCAUUUUACAUGUCACUGAACAUGAUGCCAAGUGUUUUUCAGAACAAACCAAAGACAGCGGACUACAAGCGUCAACUGCAGAUAAAGCUGGAAUAUGCGUCCCUAUUGGCCAACAGCCUGCACGAGAUCCCUCUGCGGAAGGCCAAGUCUGGAGCAACUACAGUACAGGACUUUGCGGACUUCAUGCAAAAGGUGAAAACCACAGAGAAGAUCCCAUCUAUCGACGAGAUCACCAAGUUUUCCUCGCUGUUUGAAGACUCGAUCACACUGGACGACCUGAACGUGACUCAGCUACAGGCCCUGUGUAAGAUCCUGGGUAUCGGCUUCCUCGGGAAGAUCCCCAGCGCCCCGGUGUUGAGAUUUCAGAUCAUUAUGAAAGUGAGGGAACUGGAGGUGGACGAUAAGGUAAUCCAGAAGGAGGGUAUGGACAGUCUCACCACUGAAGAACUUCAGGCUGCCAACCGAGCUCGGGGAAUGAGGGCAGUUGGCUUGUCCGAGGAAAGGCUCAAAGUACAGCUACAGCAGUGGCUUGACCUUCAUCUCAAGAGUCGGGUUCCCACCAGCUUGCUUCUACUGACUAGGGUCAUGUACCUGGACGAGAACCUGUCACCGGCUGCACAACUUAAGGAGACUCUGAAGAGCUUGUCAAACUCCACUGUUGACAAGGUGCAGGUGACGGCCGCGGAGACUCAGGGUGAGGAGGUGGAUACGGAGAAGAAACUCCGUGUCUUGGAGGAGGAACACGCCGCCAUUAAGAAGGAGAAGGAACAAGAGGAGAAGGAGAGAAAGGAGGAGGAGAGGCUGACUAAGGAGACAACCGACAAGAAACAGAAUGAUCUUAAGGAGAUGGCCCUGAAGGAGAUGCAGCAGCGGGUGAUUGACCAGGAGUUGGCGGAGAAACUUACCACUUUACAGCAGGAGAAGGCUGAGGAUAAGAUAACUCUGCAAGACGUUGAGCCCAUGGUUGACACAGCGCCCACUGUGACGGCCAAACCCACUGAAGAGCUUAAGGUGGAGCCAAGCACUGUCCCAGAGGUGGUCCCAGUCCCUGAAGUUAUCACUGCUGAGACUGUGGUCCCACCCACCGUGGAAGACAUCGAGGAAGACAUCACUGCCAAGGAUCUCGGGGAGAUCGAGAAAGCCAUUGAAGACAUGGCCAAACACCACAAAGAUGAGCUGUCUGAGGUUAAAGGAGAUUUAGAUAAUUACACCGAGGACAUGGCUGACAUCAAGGCACUAUGUGAGAACACUGACUACGCCAAGCAGAUUGAGGAGACAAAGGGUGCGAAGAAACUCCACAACUACCUGAACAAGUACCUGCACCGGCUGGACAAGAGAAUCACUGUGGUUCAAACCAAGAAGGAGGAACUGCUGGAGACUAUCGAGAAACAGGAGUCACGUCUGCUUGACGAGACUGAGCAUCCCCCUGAGAUACUCAAGGCCAUCGAGAUAAAAAAAGGAAACCUGAUCAGUGUGAACGAGGUGCUGUUAUCCCUAAAGCGUCUACAGAAUGUUCCGGACGAUGUUCGCAUGCAGAAGGUCUUGCAGGUGCUUGAUACCGACGAGGAUGGCCUCAUAGACAUCAAUGAUGUUCUCAAAGCAACAGAGUUGAUCAGCCAAGAAAAUCUUAAGUUGAGCAAGAAGCAAGUGUCAGAGAUGAUGACGUUACUGAGGAAGGAGGCGGAGAUUGAUCUCGCUGAGAAACAGCAUGAAAAGGAGGUAAAACUAAAGGAGGAGAUUCAGGAAAAUGGACCAAUCGGAAACCAGGAGGCAGUAGAGGGGAAACAGAAAGAGGCUGAGAAGGAAAAAAUGAAAGGCUGAAGGUGUUAGUGGGAAACAGUUGCUAGGUACAGCAGUUGCUAGGGACAACAGUUGCUAAGGACAGGAGUUGUUAUGGGCAACUGUUCAAAUAAUUUGCAGGGCUUUUAUGAAUUUGUUUUUAUUUUUGUUUUGUGUGGACAGAGUUUGAAAAAAUAAUAGAAUGGGGUAAAUUUUAGUCUUGUCAUGUCUAUAGUUCAUUUUUGAGUUCAUUGGACGUCCUGGGUGGAAUUUUAGGUAAAUGUUUAAGAAUAUCAAAACUAUAAAAAUGGCAAAGAAAAUAUAAAAAAAUUGUUUAUCUACAAUCAUUUACAUGGUAUGGAAGGGUGAUUUUUAUUUUGGAUGAAAAUUAUCAUCUAGAUCAUAUCAUGGAGAGUCAUAAAAAGUAUUUAGAGUUUUAAAACACCUGACUGAAACCCCAAAAUGGCAACAGCUAUUAUAAUAGUUGUAUGGUUAAGAAUUGAAAGUUAGGUUAAGAAUUGAAAGUUAGUUAUGAAAAUUUAUUCUCAAAUUGCAUGUUUUACUUUUGUUAUAUAUGAAAUUUCCUUUAAGCAAGAGCUGUCUGUGAUAUCUGUGUAAUUUAAGCAAAUGUUGUUACAUUCUGUCAAGCGUUUAACACUGAAAACAUUGUGAGAAACUUUUUGAUGGUCUGUGUGAUUCAUGUUUUAAUAUUGUCAAUUUUGUAUAAGUCUAACUUCAUCAGUACAUAUAUGGUGUUUACAUGUAGACCUGCAUGCCCUAUGAAUUUUAGUGCUGGAAAGACAGAAAAAAAAUGACAUGAUUGGUGUCCUCUCUAACAGUAGUGAGAAAUCUAUGUCCUAUUUAAACUUUUGUAUAAGAAAGAUUAUGGACAUACUUCGAAAAAAGAAGAAUUUUGGAAAAGAAUACAAGUCAAAUGACAAGAAAUGAAAAUCCUAUGGGGAAAAAACACAAGAACAUUUUGGGUAAAAAAACACAAGUAGAUCUUUCGGAGGAAAAUAAAAACACAAGAAAAUAUUUGAGAAAACACAAAGAAAUCUUUUAGGGUAAAAGGAGAUCCUAAGAAAAUACGAGUAUAUAGUGUAGGAGGACUCUCCUGUCAAUCAAAGAUUUUCGAUGUUGUGUAUCCGUCAUAAAUAUGAAACUUUGAAAAAAUUUUUAUAGCCUUUAUGAUGAUAAAGAUAAUGAAAUAAAGAUAACAAAUUUUAAACACUUUUUGCAAACUCUCUGAUAAUCUUUCUGCAAUAGUUAAAACUGAUUCAAUUGUUUUUCGAUUUUUAAACAAUUUUCAUCUUUAUUUUCUAUGUGCUGCAGACAUUAAUAAAAAAAAAAUUACAACAACAAAAAAGCAGUUACAGCUUAUAAUCAGAAGUUAUAUCAGAUUUGAAUAUUGGUUCAAAUACAUUUAUGUCUGUGUAAAACAUUGAUUGUACGUGUUUGUGUAUACAUUUUGCGAUAGAGAUGAUCAAAUGUCACUGAAAAUAACAUGUUCAUUUGCUUAGAAUCACAUAACCUAAGUAUACAUUUAUUUUGAAUAAUAAAUUAAACUUUUUGUAUCAGUCAAAUAUAUAAACGCCAUCAAGAUGCAGCGCAUUUUGUUACUUUUUUUUCUGCCAACUUACAGGCUUAUUAUAGUUUUACUUGCUGCAUUACAUCUCUGACAAGUUUGAUAACCAGCCAUAUCACUGUAGUCACUAAAGAGUUAUUGCCCUUUUAUUAUAGAAAUUACCUAAAAAUGGUCGUGUACGCUUAAUAACUUUAUAAGCCUUUGUGCAAUCCUCACCAACCUUUAUGGGACUGUGUAUUGGCAUAAUGUCUUGGGCAAGUUAUAUAAUAGGUCAUAUCACUGAAGACACUUACGAUUAAGCGCCUUGUAAUUAUAGGAAUUUACCUCAAAUCGGUCUAUCGAUCAAUUACUUUAGGAGCCUUUUUCUAACCCUUACCAAAUUUGGUCACAAUGUGUAUGGGCAGAAUAUCUUUGUCGGCUUCAAUAACAAGACAUGUCACCUCAGCAGCAUUAUGACCCUUGAAUUGGCAAAACUGUUUUGAGAGUGUUUGCUCCCUAAAUUUGUCCUCAUGUACGACCACUUGUGACAGUUGGCAAUCUUGCUUGUUUUUGAAUAUAAGUUGAGCCCUGUUGGCUCAUACUCUGAGAAAACGACCCAAGCGGGAUUAUUAGCCUUCGGUGAAAAGAAAUCGGUCCUCUACAUCUAGUUAGAGCCAACUUUGAAUACAAGCCAAGCAAGUUCGAGCCAACGGGGCUGGACUGUAUAUGUAAUCAUAUUAAAUGAAAUAUGAUACCUGCAUCAUUGCAGAAGAGGUCCUGUCGAUUUUCAGCUCUUGAAAACAUUCAGUAAUGUCCCUUUAAUCACACAUUUCUUUUAUUUAAUACUGGGAUUGUAAGAUUCUGCGUUAGCAAAAUCACAUUUGCAUUUAUUACAUAUCUUUGUGAGUUUAUUUACAUGCUUUUGCAGUGCAUUUAACUUCAUUCAAAAAAUCUCAAUCAUUUGACUAGAUUGUGGAAAACAUGAAGCUUAAUAUACUAGGGCAUAGUAUUACAUGUGUGGUUUUAUUGUGUAAACUGGUGUACUGAAUUCUACAAUAUUUCAAUGUUCAUGUUUUGGUUGUCUAUAAUAGUAGAAAUGUUUUCCAUAUGUUUCUUCUAAGCAUGUAAUUCCAAGAUUAAAUAUAUAUUAUCAUUGUAUAUCAGUUUUAUUUUUUGCUCAUUGUCGAGUCAAAGCCACAAAAUGCACAACAAUACACUGAUAUCUUGCCCAGUUUUCCAAGAUACCCAUCUAUAUCCAUGUGCUUUGUUUGGAACAUAUUGUGGUCAUACUGUUGUUGAUUGAUAUUGUACCAUGCUUCUAGAUAUUAUAAUUAAAUAAAUGAAAGAAAAUGUU